AUGCGAGGCGAGGAGGAGAGGCUUCGAACUUUUGAAAACUGGCCGGGCGAUGCACCGGUCACCGCGACCAACCUAGCCAGAGCGGGCUUCUUUUUUCUGGGGCCCGAUGAUAAGGUCAAGUGCUUCUGUUGUGGAGGGAUCCUGAGGUAUUGGGUCCAUGGGGACAGUCCGAUCGUCGAACACAAGAGACACUUCCCCACUUGUAGUUUGGUAAUGGGUAGAGCCGUUGGGAAUAUCCCACUGUAUGUCGUUCCCGGGUCCCCUUCGGACUCCGUGGACGGUCAGCUGUUGAGCCAGCUCCAGAGGAUGACUGUGGACGACCAGGGGGCGGCCGGGCAGGCUGUUUACCCCGAGAUGGAGUCAGAGGAAUCCCGUCUCACCACCUUCCACAACUGGCCCACCGGUGCUGCGGUCCAGCCCGAUGUUCUGUCGAGGGCAGGAUUCUUCUACACAGGACACGGUGACAACGUGAAAUGUUUCUACUGUGAUGGAGGGCUGAGGAACUGGGAAACUGGAGAUGACCCCUGGCAGGAGCACGCCAAGUGGUUCCCACGAUGUGACUUCCUGAUCCAGACGAGAGGGCGGGACUACGUCAGCAACAUCCAGGAUACUCACUUCAAUAUAGAGACUGUGGGUGCAUCACAGACUCCGGUGUCCAGAGAAAUCAACUCAGAGAAUGAUGUGGUGGGUGGUCUGGGCGUGCCCUCGGCCAUGUUGUCUCCUGUGGUCCAGACCGUGCUCCAGAUGGGGUUUGAGGCUGGCCUGGUGGAGAGUCUGGUCCAGACCAAGUACCUGCUGAACGGCCAGCACUACACCUCCGUGUCUGGCCUGGUCACUGACAUACUGGCAGCUGAGGAGGAGGACCGGACCAGGAGGCCGCAGAGCAGAGGGCCGGUGGAGAGGCAGGGGCUCAGUGCAGGAGGGGUCAGGACACAGACACCCAUCAGAGAAAAAGCAGUGGGCGACACCACCCCUGAUGAGCUCCUGCGUCAGCUGCAGGAGGAGCGGACAUGUAAGGUGUGUAUGGACAAGCGGGUUUCCAUUGUCUUCAUUCCCUGUGGUCACCUGGUGGUGUGUAGCGACUGUGCUGCCAGCCUGCGUCACUGCCCCAUCUGCAGAGCCACCAUCAGAGGCAGUGUCCGAGCAUUCAUGUCCUGA